AUGUCUACCGUCGCGAGGACCGGCGAGUCGGCCGGCAAAGUGCUGUCGCUGUACCGUCAACUUCUGCGCCAGGGAAACCAGUUCUCUUCUUACAACUUCAGAGAGUACGCCAAGCGCCGUACAAGAGACGCUUUCCGGGAGAACAAGAACGUGGAGGAUCCUAGGCAAGUGCAGGAGCUUGUGCAGAAGGGGUUGCAGAACCUCCAGAUGCUCAAGCGCCAAACAGUGAUCAGCCAGUUCUACCAGCAGGAUCGUUUGGUCGUCGAGGGCGGGCUCUCGGGCAAGGACAACGAAGGUAGCAAGAUGAGGCAGAAGGAUCUCGGCUGGGACUAA